UCGCCGUCGUCGUCGUCAGAGGGAGUGAAACAGCACCUGCUGCCUGCCUGCUGCCAUUCUGGCAUUACGUCAAUGGUGGACAUCUCAUUCGCUGGUUUGGGAGGAGUUACCGAGUUACCGUGACCGCCAUUGUUACAGCUCUUUCGUGUCGAGGAACGUGAUCUGUGAAAUUCGUAUCGUCGCGUUAGAGAUUUUUACAGGAUCGUGUCCAGUUUUUAGGUACCCGAAGCUACGGUACACGAUAUUAGCGAGCGCGUUCUAAGCGUAGCAUGUCCACGAUGAAUCCUGAAUAUGAUUACUUGUUCAAGUUGCUUUUAAUUGGAGAUUCUGGAGUUGGAAAAUCCUGUCUCCUGCUCCGUUUCGCCGAUGAUACAUACACAGAAAGUUACAUCAGUACUAUUGGCGUAGAUUUUAAGAUAAGAACAAUUGACCUAGACGGGAAAACGAUAAAAUUGCAAAUCUGGGAUACAGCAGGUCAAGAAAGAUUUCGAACCAUUACAAGUUCUUACUACAGAGGUGCACACGGUAUUAUCGUUGUCUACGACUGCACAGACCAAGAAACGUUCAAUAAUGUUAAACAGUGGCUGGAAGAGAUCGAUCGUUACGCUUGUGAUAACGUAAAUAAGCUGCUGGUCGGCAACAAAUGUGAUCUUCACACCAAGAAAGUCGUUGACUAUACAACAGCGAAGGAAUACGCAGACCAACUUGGCAUACCAUUCUUGGAAACCUCGGCGAAGAAUGCGAUGAACGUAGAACAGGCUUUCAUGACAAUGGCUGCAGAAAUAAAACUUAGAGUGGGUCCUCCGUCAAGUGGAAACAGCGAUCCAGCAAAUAAGGUGAAAAUAGAACAUGGACGUCCAAUCGAAUCCUCUAAGUCUGGGUGCUGCUGAGAAAUGUAAUUCUACGUCUCUGUAACCAAAAAGGACAUCUUACGUGGUGGCAGUUUUGUACUGCGAUUCAAAAAAAA